CUUCAGUUCGCGUUAAAACGCUGCGUCCGAAAGAUCCCCAAGACAGUGGUGUGAACAGAUAUAAGACUGUGCAAAACGGUUGAUUUGCAUAGUGUUGUGAAUUAUAUCGUACCACCGUUUGUUUUUGUUUGCAAAAAGGAUUACCCGAAUGGAUUGGCUCGUGAAGAUAACAUUCUCCUGUGGACUGUUGGUCAUUCAUCUGUGCACAAUCGACUCCAAACUUCUGCACCAUCUUCAAACACGACAAACACCAGAUAAUGGAGAGUUAUCUAACAUUCUUCAACAGUAUCCGAACGGAGCUUUUGAUGAUAGAAAGCCUGAUGCAGAUGUUUACAAUGAGCAGUAUAAGGACUAUGUUAAUGUAUUAACACGAUUCGAUGAUUGGGUGACCGGACACACGCACGUUCGUAAUGCUCAAGAGAUACUUCCCGACUUUGAGUUCAAUGAUCCGAAACCACAAAUCAAUCCCAAUAAUCAGCAGUAUAACAACUACGUUAGCGAGCUGAUACGUUUCGAUGAUUGGGCUACCGGCCACCCUCACAUUCGAGGUCCCCAAGAUGUUCUUCCGGAUGAUGAAUUCAAUGAUCCAAAACCGGUUGCAAACCCUACCAGUACAGCCUACAAACAAUAUGUGGAUGUGUUGACGCGGUUCGACCCAUGGAUAACCGGGCUAAAGGUUCCUAUUCCUGCAGAUCCAGCGACUGAUGCGCUACACCAGGAUUACGGUAAUGAUAACCAAGUCAACCAAAACGCUGGAGUCGAAACUGAAGCACAACGUUUCGUUGGCUUUGGCGAUCAUCCACCAAAAGAACUACCGAACCAGCGUUAUAAUGAUUACGUGAAAGAACUAACUCGGUUUGACCCCUGGGUCACGGGCACGGAUGCGACGAAUGGCCAGCAUAAACUUUUCCGUAGAUCCGUAAUAAGUGAGAAGGAAACCUUCGCUUCUGAAUUCAGUGAUAGAACUCCGAAAAAUCCAGCCGCGGACCCCUCGUACAGCAGCUUUGUAACGGAACUGAAACGAUUUGACCCAUGGAUUACUGGUCAAAAAGUUCCAAUUCCGCGAGAUCCAACGACAGAUGCGCUACAUCACUUAAGUAUACGAUCCAAUUAUGGCAACAGGGCUUAAAGAAAGUUCGCGUUGGCAGUGUUGAUUUUGCUCGAAAUGGCACUAGGACCAACUUGACCGGUUAGAGAAGGUGAUAAUCGAUAUGGCAUUGAAGUUAGAAGAGACAAGGCUUGCAAAGGUUAUGUGUGAAUCGUUUUGAAAUUUGGGAUGCGUUGUGUGUGUACAAGAAAUAUGAGAAAUAAAAUAAUGUGUAAAUAUUGGAAUCACGUCUUCAUGUUUGCAAAAUAGAUAAAUGAGCUAAUCAUAAACUCUUGGGGUGCUGAUAAAUGGUGGUCACAAAGGCCAG